CAAAAGUCUCGUGGCAAACAAUAACAAACAAUUUUUCACACACAUUUCUCAAAUUUUUAUGCGAUUUUAGCCCAAUAUCGCUCAAAAAAUCAUCAAAUAAAGUCUUUGGCAACAUUCAAUUUCUCAAAAAAGAAUGGAUAGCGAUUUAGACGACAUUAUUCACGAUAGUCAUCCAACAACUUCCGUUCCCGUCAAAUCUGAGGCUUCUGAUGAUGAAACUCCCGAAAUUUUCAUCGGCAAAGAACGUGUCUUGAAAAAACUUGAGCAACUCACGAAGGGACCUGGAUAUGAAGUUGACAGAAAACGUCCUGUUUGGCACGAUGAAGACGACGACACCUCCGACGACGAUGAAGAAACCAACAAAACUGCUUACAAAAGAAAGAAAUUGGAUAAAAAUCAACGCACGAGAGAACUUCACAAAUUAUCAGGCGAACCGGAUUGGGUAAAAGGCCCGCGCGAUAGUGACUCGAGCGAUGAUGAAUUGGCGCAAACAGCAACAAAAUUCGUCGAAAAAGACUCUUCGAGGUUGCAAGAAGGGGUUUUGGUGAUAAAACGAUUGAAGGAUUUGAACAGAUCGACGUAUACGGAGAAAAAAAUUAGUUCCGUGAUUUUUCAUCCGACAUCGACAGUCGCAAUUUGCACGGGAGAGAAUGGCGUUGCGAACAUUUAUACGGUUGAUGGGAAGAAAAACGAAAAAUUGCACAGCAUAGCGUUCGAAAACUUUGAUAUCACGUGUGCGGGUCUCGUUGAUGGACAAGAACUCAUUGUCGGAGGUCGUACAAAGAACUUUUUCACGUACGAUUUGUUGUCAGGAAAAUCCAAAAAAAUUCUUCUCCCCAAAAAUAUAACAAAACUCAAAAAAUUCGUAAUUUCUCCGUGCGGCAAAUUCAUCGCUUCUGUCGGGCGUUUUGGAGAAAUCCAUUUAUUCAGCGUGAAAUCGAAAGAACUCAUCCGAACAUUCAAGCAAGAAUAUUUUUGCUCAGCUCUGGCCUUCACAGCGGAUUCCAAAAGCAUCUUUUGUCACAGCAUCAGUAACGAAGUCACGAUCCUCGACAUUGCAGGCGGGAGAAUUUCCCAUAAAUGGAGCGACGAUGGAUGCAUUAAUGGUUCAACGAUCUCCGUAACGGAAAAUUUAGUCGCAACGGGAAGCAAACAAGGCGUCGUAAACAUUUACGACAUAAAUGACGUGCGAAAAACGCAAUAUCCUCAAACGAAAAAGGCAAUUUUGAAUUUGACGACAGCAAUUACGGCGACAGUUUUCAAUCCAAGUUCGGAAAUUUUAGCAAUGUGCAGCGUGGAUGUCGCUGAAGCAGCAAGAAUGAUCCAUUUUCCGAGUCUGACAGCUUUUAACAACUUUCCGGGACAAAUUUCGCGCUUUGGACAUCCUCGUGUGAUGGCAUUUUCGCCAAUGGGAGGAUUUUUCGCAGUUGGAAAUCGUAAUAAAACUGUAGCGCUUUACAGAUUGAAGCAUUAUAACAACUAUUGAAACAAAAUUUUGGUCUAUUUGAAUAAAAAACAAAAUA